UCUGUGUGUUCUCCGCUGAGGAGGCGAGGAGGGAAGUGCUCUGAGUGGGGUGUUGUGCUGCCAGCAUGGCUGUUGGGAUAGUGCCGUCGGCCCCAGGGCGUGCUGGGGACCAGUUUGCCCCGGAAGGAAGACAAGGAGCCCGCUGGCCUUAGGUGACAGUGCUCCUUGGUAUUCAAGCCCAGCAAUAAUGCUGCCGGUCCUUCACGUUCUCUGGAUCCUUUGGAGGUGAGAGGGUCAUGCCCACCUUUGGCUGAGGAGGAGAGGCACACGGGAGGAUGUGCAGGGAGCUGGUGUUGGAGCUGGGCAGAGAACCUGUGAAUUUUGACUCAUUUCUCGGCUCCGUGCGCGGUGGUGCUGCCCGGAGGGACGGUCCAUCUGGGAAUCCUUACUGGAGGAGGCGAGACUGGUGCCUGCUGCCUCGGGUGGGACCUGCCCGUCUCCCGCUCUGAGACCUGUGUCCUUCCCCUUUGGAGCCAGGAAACCCGGAGUGUUCUUGUUAAUCAGGGAUAUUUACCUUCGCGCUGGUUUUUCCCCCAAAAUGCUGACCGGUGGCUGCAGCCCCAGUGCCUGCCUUCUCCCCCGAUCCGCAGCAGCCUUGCACGAGCUGGAGGAUUUAUGAUUUGCUGCAGCCAUGGACGGUAGCCUUUGAAAAGUGGGAAAGGAAGCAGCCAUAAAUAACAGGCAGGGGACAGUGCCAUGCGGUGGUUUUUCAUUUACUAGAUAGUCCUACUUUGUUCUUGAUGAGUAAUGGAGGCAUUUGAAUACGCCAGGAUGACAGCAGCAGUCUGGCUCUGGGAACGUGUCGGCGUGGGCUGGGUGAGGAUGGUGGCAAUCAGGACAGUCGGACCAUGCCGUGGAGCCUUCCUCCCCUCCGCUCUCCGCUGCCUGGCGUCCUCCUCUCGCUCUCACCCGCUGCUCCGGGCACCCUCUUCCCUGAGUCUGCACUUGGGCGGCCCCGGGGAGCGGCGGGGAGCCCGGCCGUGAGGGACGGCGGUCACCGAGCCUCAACGGGUGCCGGUGGGCGUUGGGUGCCCAUGCGGCCGGGGGUGCCGGGGUGCGGACCAUGGCUCACGCCGGUGCUGCCGGCUGCUGCUGCCAGCGCUACUCCCUGCUCUGGAUCGCGCUGCUGCAAAGAUCCCAUCUAAUGCCGAGGCUGAAAGAAUCGCGCUCCCACGAGUCUUUGCUCAGUCCCAGUAGUGCUGUUGAGGCUCUGGAUCUCAGCAUGGAGGAAGAAGUGGUCAUCAAGCCCGUCCAUAGCAGCAUCCUGGGACAAGACUAUUGCUUUGAGGUGACGACUUCAUCAGGAAGUAAGUGCUUCUCGUGUCGUUCUGCAGCAGAGCGAGAUAAAUGGAUGGAAAACCUGCGGCGUGCCGUGCACCCAAAUAAGGACAACAGCAGAAGGGUAGAGAAUAUGUUAAAGUUAUGGAUUAUUGAAGCCAAGGACCUGCCAGCUAAGAAAAAGUACUUGUGUGAAUUAUGCCUGGACGACGUUCUUUAUGCACGAACUACCUGUAAAUUGAAAACUGAUAAUGUAUUUUGGGGGGAGCACUUUGAAUUUAAUAACCUCCCAUCGCUCAAAAACAUUACGGUGCACUUAUACAAAGAGACUGACAAGAAGAAAAAGAAGGACAAGACCAAUUUCAUAGGACAGGUGAACAUCCCCGUCAGCUCUGUCACGGGCCGGCAGUUUGUAGAGAAAUGGUACCCCGUGGUCAGCCCCAACCCCGGGAAGGGCAAGUCCCCGGGGCCCAUGAUCCGCAUCAAGUCGCGCUACCAGAGUAUGAGCAUCCUUCCCAUGGAGAUGUACAAAGAGUUUGCCGAGUACAUCACUAACAAUUACAUGGUGCUGUGCUCGGUGCUGGAGCCCUCGCUGAGCGUGAAGAACAAAGAGGAGAUGGCGUCCGCGCUGGUGCACAUCCUGCAGAGUACAGGCAAGGCCAAGGAUUUCUUGACUGACCUGAUGAUGUCUGAAGUUGAUCGCUGUGGUGAGAAUGAGCAUCUCAUUUUCAGGGAGAACACACUGGCCACCAAAGCAAUCGAAGAAUACCUGAAGCUGGUGGGGCAGAAAUACUUGCAAGAUGCCUUAGGGGAAUUUAUCAAGGCACUGUACGAAUCAGAUGAAAAUUGUGAGGUGGAUCCCAGUAAGUGUUCGUCUUCGGACCUCCCUGAGCAUCAGAGCAACCUGAAAAUGUGCUGCGAGCUGGCCUUCUGCAAAAUCAUCAACUCCUACUGCGUCUUCCCAAGGGAGCUCAAAGAAGUUUUUGCCUCGUGGAGACAAGAAUGCAGCAACCGAGGCCGCCCGGACAUCAGCGAGCGACUGAUCAGUGCCUCCCUGUUCCUCCGGUUCCUCUGCCCAGCCAUCAUGUCCCCGUCCCUCUUCAGCCUCCUGCAGGAGUACCCCGAUGACCGCACUGCACGCACUUUGACCCUCAUUGCCAAGGUCACCCAGAACCUCGCCAACUUUGCCAAGUUUGGCAGCAAGGAGGAAUACAUGUCCUUUAUGAAUCAGUUCCUGGAACAUGAAUGGACUAACAUGCAGAGGUUUCUACUGGAGAUUUCCAAUCCCGAAACCAUCUCGAACACGGCUGGCUUUGAAGGCUACAUCGACCUGGGCCGGGAACUCUCCACCUUGCACUCGCUGCUCUGGGAAGUCAUUUCCCAACUGGAGCAGGCCACUGCAACAAAACUCGGGCCUCUGCCUCGGAUCCUGAGGGACGUCAACUCAGCACUCAGCAACCCGGCCUGCGUGCAGGUCUCGGUGACGGCUGAUCACACCGCGUCCACACCCAACGCUGGCAACAGCAUCUCUGCAGGGCUGCAGAAAAUGGUGAUAGAGAAUGACUUAUCUGGUCUGAUAGAUUUCACACGGUUACCAUCUCCAACCCCUGAAAACAAGGACUUGUUUUUUGUCACAAGGUCUGCUGGGGCCCAGCCCUCGCCUGCCCGAAGCUCCAGUUACUCAGAGGCCAAUGAGCCCGACGUGCAGAUGUCUAAUGGCAGCAAGAGUUUGUCCAUGGUGGACUUGCAGGACAAUCGGCUCUUGGACAGUGGGGCCAACGCGCCGGGCACGGCUGACUCCCUCAAUGACAGUCAGUCCUCCCUGGGGCAGUUGCAGGGCGUAUGGACCACACGGACUCAGCAGAACAGCGUGACGGGCAUGGCCACCGUGCGCCGGGUGGGCCAGACCCCCACCACGCCGAGCGGCGAGAGCGCGCCCGGCCGGCCCCAGCUCCUGGCGCCCCUCUCCUUCCAGAACCCCGUCUACCAAAUGGCCGCCGGGCUGCCCCUCUCCCCCCGCGGCCUGGGCGACUCCGGCUCCGAGUGCCACAGCUCGCUCAGCUCCCACAGCAACAGCGAGGAGCUGACGGCCAACAAGCACGGCUUCGCCGCCCCUGCCGCCAGCGAGGACUUCGCCCGCCGGACGGGAGAGCUGGCCCGCCGGCAGCUCUCGCUGACGGAGAAGGGCGGCCAGCCCACCAUGCCCCGGCAGAACAGCGCGGGACCGCAGAGGCGGAUAGACCAGCCGCCCCCGCCGCCCCCGCCCGUCACCCGGGGCCGGACGCCGCCCUCCCUGCUCAACACGGUUCAGUACCAGAGACCCUCCAGCGGCAGCAUGAUGUCCUCCUCGCCCGACUGGCCAGGCAGCGGGGCCCGCCUGCGGCAGCAGUCCUCCUCCUCCAAAGGCGACAGCCCCGAGAUGAAGCAGCGCACGAUGCACAAACAGGCCCCUUCUCCUGUGAACCCCAAUGCCCUGGACCGCACUGCUGCUUGGCUUUUGAAUAUGAACAUGCAGUUUUUAGAAGAUGAAAGCAUUGACCCAGAUUCCAAGCACAGGGAUAAGCUCAGGAAUAAGGACGAGCUCAGCCAAGCAGAAAAGUACCAGCAGGACCUAGUGGUGCUGCAGGACAAGCUUCGCAUCUCCAACAAGAAGCUGGAGGAAUAUGAGACUCGCUUCAAGUGCCAGGAGGAGACAACGCAGAAGCUGGUGCUGGAGUAUCAGGCCAGGCUGGAGGAGAGCGAGGAGAGGCUCCGGAGGCAGCAGGAGGAUAAGGAGAUCCAGAUGAAGGGCAUCAUCAGCAGGCUGAUGUCAGUUGAGGAGGAACUAAAGAAGGACCACGCAGAAAUGCAGGCUGCCGUGGAUUCCAAGCAGAAGAUUAUCGAUGCACAGGAGAAACGCAUUGCUUCAUUGGAUGCUGCCAACGCACGGUUAAUGAGUGCCCUUACUCAGCUGAAAGAGAGGUACAGCAUGCAGACGCGUAAUGGGAUCUCCCCCACAAACCCAACUAAAUUGCAGAUUACAGAGAAUGGAGAAUUCAGAAACAGCAGUAAUUGUUAACGCGUGGAGGGCGCUGCCGCAGGAGAGGAGGCCUGGCCAGAGAGACGGUGCAGCAGGAGGUGUGAGCCCCGGCUUCAGAGAACGGCUGCUCUCUCCCCCCAGAGAAACCAGCUCCUUUCUGCGGACGGCGCGCUUGACUGAGCCUUUGUGGGAGAUGCUAAUGCCAGCACAUUGAGGGGACGGAGAGAUCGAGUGUGAGAUGAGUGGCAUAAGGAAAUAACAUAUAUUUGAGAAUCGCUGUCACUUGUUGGAUUUAAAAUCAGUGUUUAAUGUUUAAACAAAAGUCACCUUUUUCCUUCUAAACUGCCCAAAGGAUAUGCCUCACCCCUCCCAGCAAGGAAUAACGUCCUUGUGGUUGUAGUAGGUGAAAUAAAGGGAGCUGGGCAGAGCCUGCAGCAGGCAGUGGCCCAGUAAGUCCAGUUCAGGGGUGCUGCUGGAUGCAGCCGUAGGAGGGAUGGCAGCACAGCUUGUGCCCCCCAAACCCCCCCGGAGCACAGCCCUCUCCCAAGGCAAACCCCCAGCCCAGCUUUGGCUGGGUGUGAGGCCACUGACCCUUACAGCCAGUAACCAUCCACAGGGCAUUUUCGCAGCUAAUUAGGGCUUAAUUAACUCCGCCCAUGCAGGGAGCACAGUCCAGAUGGAAGGUGGGGGCGCACACGGGGUGCGAUGUGGCAGCCAAAGGGGUGCUGCCUGGGGAACCAGGGCAGUGGAGAAGGGCAUGACUGGUGCUGCUGGGGGUCCCUGGGCAACCCCGGGGCAGCUGAGCGAGCCCAUGGCUCUGGCACAGGGUGGAUGGCAACUUGAGGAGUCCUCUCUCCAGCUCCUGCUCGCUCACGAGUAAUGGGGAAGAGUCUUUGUAAGCAAUAGUCCCCCCCAGGCACUGUGUGUGUCCCCCCCAACUUCUGACCACAGAAUAAAGUAAAUGUUGCCUGAGCUUGGCCCCGAGCCGUGACGGAGGGACCGGGGCUGGAUUUCUGGUGCCUGGUACAAUAGAGGGGAGUGAGGGGCUGCGUGGAGUGGCCGGCGUCUUGCGUGAGAAAGGGUUCGUUAUGGGGAUGUAAUGCUCUGUGCAGAGAUUAUUUUUUUUUUUUUGCUAUUUCUGGGGAGGAAGACAAACAAGAAAAAAGCCCUGAAGAACCAUGAAGAUCGGUAAUUGUAUUUCUUUUCUUUCACAGUAUGCAUUAGAAAAAAAAAGAUCCCAUUUUCUGGAAUACUGUCCUCUUUAAAUUGGGAAUGAGCACUGCAUGGAAAUUAACCGGCUCGAAGAAUGUAAAACAUGGUCAUAAGGGAGUAACCAACAAGAACAGCAGCCACCACCGAGAGCCCCCUUGUCAGGAGCACUGUGCAGGCAUAAGCCAGGAUUAGACUUUCCCAACUGCAGAAACGCAGAUUCGGCACACGAGACACGAUGUGCUCAGCGGAGGGGUCACCUCCUUAACGGGGGAUUGUGCCGCUGACCUGCCGCCACGCUGUCUUUGUUGGUUUGUGGUUUGGUUUUUUUUAUUGCUUUUUUUUUUUUUUUAAGUUAGCACUUCACGACUCCCACUCUCAGAGCAGGUCACUCGUUCCGAGAGGCAGAGAGCUUUCUCUGAGAUACGGAUGACAGUGUACAGUGUACAGGACAUCUGCCUAUUCCGCCCACUAAGGUUAAAUACACUGCUCAACGCCUGUCCCAGCUCCUCCUGCCAUGUGUAAAUGUACAGUCAAAGGGACUGGGACGUUCCCUGGGCUCUGCACAGCUUAGGGUCCAUCUCCAGCCUCGCACCACCCAGGCUGCCUGAGCAGGACACUUGGCCAUGCUGCCCCCGCGGCCGUAAGGCUCAGUAACAGCAUUCUUCCACACGCAGUUUGUUUUCAAAAUUAAAGAUUUUUUUUUUGUUGUUGUUUUUCCUAAACGUUUUUUUCUGUGCCCUGGAACCCUGGGCUGAGCCCGGUGCAGCUCGGUCCUUGGAGGAGCAAACGUGUUGCCCCGAGGUCUCCACACCCCGCCAACGCCUGCAGACCCCAAACGGAGCUCCUCAGAGAAAAAAAAAUAAAUCAAUAACUUAAGUAUUUAUGGCAAGUACAGCCACCUUUGAAUUUUGGAGACUAGCACAGAUGGCUUUGAAGAACCUCACAAAACUGACAAGGUUACAACUGGAGAAAGACCCAGACAGGUUAGGAGUCCCCAGGGUGCUGUGAACCGUUGGGCACCUGCCCUGACAUCUGCCUCUGCCCCAGAGGCAAACACUGUAAGAACCCUGCAAAAAAAAAAGACUCAUUUUAAACCGCUUUUGCCCUGAGAUGUACCUUUAGAGCUGAUUGUUUUUGAGUUCCAAAAUACUUGUGUUGCCAGAGACGGAAGUUUUCCAAGAGAGAAGGAACUAGAGGAAUGGAGACACGAUAGCAGGGCGUCCCACCGGCAGCGCGGUCCCUUUCAGGCGUGGAAGUGAUUUUGGGAUGCAGUCAGUGCUCUCCCUAAGAGCUGGAAAAAAGAGAAACACCCUCAAAAGAAUUGUUUAGUACUGAAGCUAAGCACAGUACAGCUUUAUCUGCUCAGCCACAAGCCAAGGCACCGCUCCCCCAGCCCUGAGCUGUCACAAACUCCUGCUUUAACCUCAAACUUGCAAAUCACUGAACACACGUUGUUCUGCUGAAAGAGCAGGAACGCUUAAAUCCUUCCACGAGUUAUUAAAAAUAUCUUAGAAGUUCCACUGCCAGCACCUUCUGGAGUUGUUGCUUAGUUUCCUGAGCCAGUAUGAAAAAUUCAAAUCAGGACAAAAUGUGGUUACAGUAGAGACCCCCCCUUCCCCUGCUCUCCUUCCCCCGACACUCAACAACUGGAGCUCGCCCUGCCCUGCCCAGCUGGGGUGCUGGGGGGGGGCAGGCAUCAUGCUCCAGGCUCAGCUCAGUUCUGUUCCUUCAGUUUGUGUUUCUGUUAUUUAUAAACUGUACAUUUCUCUCUGUGUGUGCGUGUGCGUCCCCGAGCGAGCGCCAGGGAGCCCACCAGCCCGGCCAGUCCCCCCCAACCUGGCCCUGGCCCAGCAAUACUGGGGGGCAAUCCCAGAGCAAAGCAACCACUAUUUCCCCCCCCUCACUUACCCCCAGCGUUUCGUCAGCUGCUCCCUUCUUUUUCUUUAUUUCGGUCUUGCGCUUUCUACAGUAAGAGGCUGUUCUAGUGCAAACUCGUCAAAGUGUAAACAAAAUGAAAACACACUCAGAUUUUUAUCUCAAUACGAGUCUUAAUAUUUUUUUUUUUGUAAAUGUUUUCAGUGUUUACUGUAACGUAUCUAUCUCACUAACAGUUGUAUAUAGUAACUUACUUCUGGUGCUGCUUAUUCGGUCAGGAUUUGGCUGUUUCUCACUGCUGUUUUGGAGAGGUGGCCUCAAACUUACGAAUCUGGAACCAGACCCAGGUUGUGAUUUCAGCCUCCUCCCUUUGGAGACCUGAGGGAAGGGGAAGGGAGAGAAGCCUGGGCUCCAGAUUUAGGGUUGGUCCACCUCAAGGAUUCUGUUUUAAGAGUUUUGAUUUGGGGUUUUGUCAAACUGUAGUGACCGCUUGUAAAAAAAAAAAAAAAGAAAAAAAAAGAAAAAUCAAAAAAUAAGAAGCAACAUUUUGUGCGAAGGGGGAUGAAACAGACUGACCAGUAUCCCAGGGUCUCUGGGACUGCAAGUGUCAUCAUUUGGGACAGGGAUUAUGGCUUCAGUGCCAAAGGCCUGGAGGGACCCAAGUCCUUCCCCACGCCAGCUCCUCCUACAGUGUAGUCACCAGCCCCUUUUGCACCAGUUUAAGCAAAUCCUGCCGCCAUCCAAAGAGUCCUGCGUCACUCGGCAUCGUCAUUUGAGUCUGGUUGGUUUUUAUUUUCUGCUUUUGCAGCUGUAAAGCACUGAUUGCACUGUGAGAACACGCUGAAUCCUCUGGCCUGGCAGCCCCGUAGGUUGCUGCAGGGUGUGGGACACAGGUUCUGCUACUACAACUACUCCUGGAGGGAGAAGGGACGUGGUGGACCCGAGCGAGGCGUCGCAGGCUCCCCUAGGAAAGCAAUCAGCACGUAAUCAGUCACUCCCAUAGUCAGAGCACUCGUAGGCUUUUCACAGUUACUAAUGUCCAUACUCAGAUGCAAUAGAAACCACGCCAGGGUCUGUCCUGUGAUGAACAAGGAGAGGAGCUUUAGUCCCAGGAGAUGGAAGAUGCACUGAUGUGUUCAGCAGGACAGGCACGGGGCUCAUUCCCCCGCCAUCCUGGGGCUGAGGGGUAGCAGCCCCCAGGAGACACCAUUCUGACAGCAGCCCCUAUGGCCAGUGGUGUCCAGCAGCUCCACCGAGGUCACUGCCCCAUCCCUGACAUUGAGCUUUGCUGGGAGAGCGCCAAGUAGAAAGUCCAAAGGCAAGACCUGUGACCCUGUCCCCAGGGUGGGUGCCCGGCAGCUUUCCCUCCUUCCACCUGCCAUGACUGCCAGGGUCAGCCUUGUCCCCAAAGGUUGGCCUUCAGCCCAAGCCAGGCCUCCAGCCCGGCCAGUUCUAGGACAUGGUGUGGGCCACAGUGGCCUCAUUGCCACCAGGAGAUCCCUUAGCUGGCCCCAGGAAGGGGCACUGCCCAUCCCUGACUCUCCGGGGCAAUUUGGGUAGAGACUGAGUAGCCACAAGGCUUGGACUUGUGGCACCUGCCCUGCCCUGAGGGCCACCAAGCCCCGUCCUGCCCCUGCAGAUAACUGAUGCCUUUUUCCUUGGGGAAAAUGACCCAUGGGGGGUGAGGGAGGACGGCAGCAGCACCCCAACAUGCAGCUCAUGGGCUUUAGAAACCAAAUCCAAUCUUUGAGGGCGUUGCACAACAUCCAGAAACCACCACGCUUUGGACAAUGGCGCCCUGUUCAAGCAUUGACCUUCACAGCUCACCCGAGCAGUGACAUUGCUGUAAAUGCCACAUGGUCCUGCAUCAGCUCCCGGUACCCAGAGUGCAGUCUCCAUCCUCACAUAUUCCUUUAUCAUACAUCACUGUGUCUUAAGAUAUACCUCUCUCUGUAUAUCUGCUUAGGCUGAUACUUGUUCCUGAUAAGCAGUUGCUAUGUUUUAUAUCCUCUUAUAAAGAAAAGCAAAUCUUUUUUUGUAAGUAUGUUUAAAAACAAAAAGAAGCAAAGUGGAAGUGUUUGCUGAAUCUACUUCAGCUCCUUUUAAACUAUGUAAUAAUGUACAGAGAAAGUUGUUGGUGUUUAAAGAAAUGAUGUGGCCGUGCAAUUUAUGUACAUUUGCAAUUAGAAAUAUUAAAGAUUUAUUUAGAUAUUUUA